AUGGAGGAGGAAGAGGGCGUCCAGACUGUUCUCAUUGGAGGAGUUGCUGUAGAGUCGAAGCCGCAGCGCCGGAGGCAGAAACCAAAUACUUGGAGCGACAAUGCAGCAAUACCUCUAGCGAACGUGGCAGCAGAUUCGGCAGCAGCUGGGGGGGCAGAAGCCGUCGAGAGCGAAGACUUUUCCUUCACACCCGAGCUUCAGUUUUCCCUCGUUCCCAGAGACGACCACAGCAGCAUUCCCACAACCACUGCCGCCCAAGCCAUGGGUAACAGUUCGUCGUGUGGAUUCGAAUACCAGGAUCACACAGCGGACAUAAUCGUCCAUGCAGUGGCUCGUUCUCUUAAGGGCGUGCUCAGUUUCCUCUCAUUUGGACUUUUCAAUUACAUGACUGAUCUAGCGUCCGUGGAGCCACGAUGCUGCUGCCCUCUGACUGCAAGAGGCACUGACCUCUCAGGCCUUCUUUUCGACUUCCUGAAUGAAAUGCACGCUCUUUAUGGGGAGCAGUAUUUCAUUGGGUGCAGCAUAAAGGGGCUUAGGAUCUAUCGAGGGACGGAUCCAGCAGGGGCAGAGGAAAACCAACUGCGAGAAUUCCUAUUUGCGACGUGUCAGGUGUAUGGAGAAGUAUUUGAUUCAAGGAAGCAUUCCCAAGGCACUGAAAUCAAAGCGGUUACAAUGCAUCAAAUGCGGUUGCUGCUGACGCAACAACAGGAACACCGAAAACAGCACCAGCGGGCUGAUGAUGAAUGGGUUGUGUUAGAGGAUCUGGCGAGCCUUUCCAAUAUCGAGGCGCUCUCCACAGCCCUACAGGAUGAGUCAAAACGUAUCGAGGCAUAUGUCGUCCUGGAUAUAUAA